AGGAAGAGAAAGAGAGAGAGAGAAAAAAAAGCUAACCAAUCGAGGAACUCAGAGAGAUCACGAAACCCUAGUCGAAGAGAGAGAGAGAGAGAGAGCUAUGUUGAAGAAGGCGGAGAUGAAGUCAUCUGGCGGGAAGAAACCGAUAUCGAAGAAGACGAGCCUGUGUUGCACGAAGAUGGGGAUGAAGAGAGGACCAUGGACGAGUCACAUAUUUAUAUGAUCAUGCUAAUUCUAUUGUGUGAUGUAAGGUGGUCGUUGAUAGCGGGAAGGAUACCGGGAAGGACUGAUAAUGAGAUCAAGAACUAUUGGAACACUCAUCUUCGUAAGAAACUCUUAAGACAAGGCAUUGAUCCUCAAACCCACAAGCCUCUUGAUGCAAACAACACCCAUAAGCCUGGAGAAGAAGUUUCCGGUGGACAAAAUCUUCUAGAGCCUGAUACCACCGUUAGUAGCGGAAAUGGAGCUAGCAAGAUCAGUACCAGCAUCUUUGGAGAUGAAGACGAGGAAGACUUUGGUUUCUGCUACGAUGACAAGUUCUCUUCGUUUCUGAAUUCGCUUAUCAAUGAUGAUCCUUUUGAUAGUAAUAUUCCAAUACCCCAGCCGUUGCUGACGCACAAUUGUACCGAUGAGAUUGUUGGAACGUCGUCGAGCGCUAGAAAUGACCAGAGACCAGAAGAUAUG